AUGAACUCACUGAAGGCUCGUGCCAAAUCCUACUUCAGACGCCCACGCAAGGCGAUCAGCGCCUGUUCUGAGAUCCCAUGCAUGACUACCCUCGCCGGACUCCCCCCGGAGCUAUUAUUAUCAAUAUCCGACUUUCUUCCACUUGUUGAUCUUAUUUGCUUUUUCCUUUGCAAUCAUCGACUCCUCGAGCUGUCUCAGAGACAAAUAAAACGGUUGCCUCCUCCCACAAAAUACAAUAAGCUCUCAAUCUUAAACCGAUUGGAACGAGAUAUUCCAGAAUACUUCGCUUGCGAUUUUUGCUACCUUCUUCAUCGGUAUGAUGGAUCUGAAGGUUUUGGACUCAGCGGAUUACCUCAUGAAAGAACUUGCCGACUCCCGUGUGUCCACAAGGAGUGGUUUUACCUGGACUAG